AUGUCGAAACCUGAUACUUUUCACGAUGAAGAUCCGCACUCUGCGAAGUACGAUGAACCUGUUAAUCCGCCACAUGUGCCUUUGACGGAAAAGGAAAAUAAACGAAUUUGCUACAAGACCGACCGGACGAUUUUGGUCGUUCUCAUUUGGGUUUACUUUUUACAGAUCCUUGACAAGUCUGUUCUUGGAUACGGUGCGACAUAUGGAUUGCAAACUGAUACUGGGUUAACGGGCAAUGAAUAUUCGCUGGUCGGAUCCAUUGCGCCAAUUGCUCAAUUAUGUUGGCAACCAUUCUCAUCUUAUCUGAUUGUCAAGGUCCCGCAUAAGAUUCUUAUGCCAAUUCUAUGUCUUGGAUGGGGUAUCGCUCAAGCGUGCAUGGCUGCUUGUCAUAGCUUUGGUGAUCUGAUGGCAGCUCGCUUCUUCUUGGGUCUGUUCGAAGCUGGAUGCUUGCCUCUGUUUGGUAUUAUUACUAGCCAGUGGUAUCUUCGUUCAGAACAACCAAUUCGAAUUGCUGCAUGGUAUAGCACCAAUGGGCUGGCUACCAUUGUUGCUGCCGGAGUAUCAUAUGGUCUGGCACACAUCAAGUCGGACGUUAUGGAAUCAUGGCAAAUCAUUUUCCUCUUUGUCGGACUUAUUACUAUUGUUUCCGCUCCUUUUGUCUACUGGCGCCUAGACAGCGACGUAACUACAGCUCGAUUCCUGAACGAAACCGAGAAGACGCAAGCAAUGGAACGUCUCCGCGCCAAUCAAACGGGAACAGGAAGCACAGAGUUUAAACUCAGCCACGUUUGGGAGGUUGCACUUGAACCCAAAACAUACCUGUGGAUUGCAAUGGCAAUGCUGCUCAAUAUCGGUGCCAGCGUGACGAACACAUUCGGCCCCCUGAUCAUCGGCGGUUUGGGAUACGACACAUACCGUACCAGCUUGUUGACAAUGCCAUUCGGAGCACUGCAGUUCGUUGUCAUUGUUAUUGCCAGUUGGCUCGCACAAACAGCCCGCGUGAAGAGUGCAGUACUGGCCUCAUUCAUGCUACCAGUUAUCGCUGGCUUAUCCAUUCUGUACGCCGUUGCACGAACAUCGGCAAACCAAAGCUCCCUUCUUGCGGGCUACUACUUGCUCGCAUUUUUGUUUGGUGGCAAUCCACUGAUCAUCACUUGGAUUGUUGGAAACACUGCUGGUAGUACUAAGAAAUCUGUGGUCAUGAGCUUGUACAAUGCUGCAUCUUCUGCUGGUAAUAUUGUGGGUCCUCUAUUGUUCAAUUCUAAGGACGCACCUGAUUAUCACCCGGGCUUGCAGGCUUGCCUGGGAAUUUUCUCUGCAUUGGCGGCCAUAGUUCUUAUACAGUGGGCCAAUCUCUGGUUCCUAAAUAAGCAACAGGCUAGUCGCCGUGUUCGCAACGGGAAGAGCGCUGUUAUCAUUGAUCAUUCGAUGCAAACUCACUUUCGUGGAGUGGAGGAUGGUGAUGUGGAAGGUGUUACUCAUGCAGGAGGACAAGCGACGGAUGAUAUUACUGACAGAGAGAACGAUGAAUUUGUAUAUAUUUAUUAG